UAAAAAUAUAAAAAAUUUUUUAUGGUAAAAUGGAUUCCCGCAAGUCUUUAAUACACAAGAGAUUGGAGUCUCUACAAAAUACACCAAAUUCUUCGUCGCCAUUGCGAAGAAAGUCUAUUGUUCAAACUCCACCAACAAAUAACUUAUCAGAGAACGACGAUGAGGCCGAACGUAUCGCUCGCCGACGUGAGAUAUUUACAACACCGCCAUCGGCUAAUGGAAAUAAUAGUAGCAAGAGGUUGUCUCUGGGCUUGGGGUUAUUAGCAAAUAUUCCAGUGCCUCAGAUGGCCGAGAGUAUAAAUAAAUGCAUACAACUGAAUGCUGAAAACAAGAUCAAUGUCAAGAACGCAUUUAGUUUGGAGAUGAUCGACUUUAUGACAUAUAUGAUAAAGAAACAGGAUGCCAAUAUGUCGAAUUUGCAAGUGGCUAGCACCUCUUUGGACGUGAGCACCAAGAUCUAUGGAUAUCGUGUGGACAAUGUGCACAUGGAAAUACUUAAAAUGGCUGGUGGACUAGAUAAACAAGUAAUGGAGAAUAUGGAGCAAAAUUUGGAGGAACAGGCGGAAGCUGUACAGGAAGAUGCAGAAAACGUUGAGGUACGGAAAAAAAAGAAGAAGAAAUCGAAGCAAAAGAUCUUUAGCACUGUGGAGGCUCUGAGAGGCAACAUCGAAAUCGCGAAACCUAUGUCGACAAUGAUAGGCGAAGGAGAUUUGCAAACCAGCGAUAUGUUGUAUCAAGCAGCGCUGCCAAACCAUGCAAAUUCCGGUUUUUAUCAGCAUCCAUAUAACGAUGUGCUUGUCGAUGUCUUAGAGGAUAAACUCCAAUCACAAAAUAAUUCAGAUGUAAAAUAUGUUAUACCAGGAAUCGAAGAUUUCUUAAAUUUGGAAAUUUGUACAUCAUAUUCGAACUUCGAGUUUCUCGAUUGGUCUGUAGAGAACGAACCGGAACAGGAAAUUGAAUCCAAUGAUGACGGUGAGGACCGAUUUCAAUUUGAUUUGGACGCAAGCGUGGAACAUGAUGACGAUCCAGUACCCGAGCCCAUGAACUACUUCGACAUUGAGCAUGAUGACAACGAGAACAUUCAGGCAUGUUUUCGGAAAACGAUAGAUCGUCCAGUAAAUAUCGUAGAGAUGCCUAAGAACGCCCGAGCAUCCGAGUACUCCUUUGUUCAAUCAAGCAUGAGCUUGCAUUGGGCUGGUCCGUCUCAUUGGAAGUUUUGGAAUUUCGUGAAAUCUUCCGCUGCCGAAGGUAGUACAAAAGUAGCUUACAUGCAAGCUAAGAAAAAAGAAAAGAGAAAACAGUUUGAACUGGUGUACGACGAGACACGCGAUAUCAUAGACGCAAAGUUUGCGUCAAGCCAGUCCAUUAAAUUACAUGCCAAAACCGCGAAAGCCGAGUGGAGUACUGAAAACUUGACCCUACCAGAAGAUGUGCAUUACGAUAUUACACAGGGGAGCAAGCUCUAUCUGUACAAGAGAUUAACUAUAAAGUCGGCAAAUAGUGAGAAAGAGAACGAGAAUGUCGUAACUGUCGCGGACAUAUCUGAUGGCGAAAGAUAUGAUUAUAACAAUCCUAAUGACACGCUGGAAUACUGUCCCAAUAUUGAACAGGAAGUUUAUGAUGAUUAUGGAAGGGAGGAUGGUAACGAUGAUUGUAAUUUUGACGAUAGCGCCAAUGUGUUGGAUAGCCAGGGUCUCAUCGGCGACAAUCUAGUCGCUGCACCAAAGUUAGUUAAUAAAAUAUCCAUCGCGUAUUGUUUGAAAGCGAAAAAAAUUGACAUGCGACAGUUAAAGAAAUCUUUAUGGACUUGUUUGAAGUCUACGAAUAACGCGGUAAUCGCAGAAGAAACGUUGAACGAAACCGACACGAUGAAGGAAAGCAAACAAUUCAGCGACGUUUACAAAACGCUGCCGAAAUUGCUAACGAAAAAUAACGCCGAGGCAUUAAGCGUGCCGAUCUCUUUUAUAUCUAUGUUACAUUUGGCGAAUGAGAAAGAAUUGAAGAUUUGUUCGGUACCGGACUUGUCUGAUAUUAUCAUUCAACCUGGAUCGCCAUCGUCGAACUGACAAGAUUUCUUUUCUUUUGUACAUAUUCAAAUAGACAGAACAUAAGAAGACAAACAGGACAGAGUGUAAUAAAAAUUGCAUUGCAAAUAAUAUUGUCUUCACUAGAGACCUUAUAACAGAAUCUCACUACUAUUUUAUUCUGUAACUUUAAGAUCAUAGGAUGAUACGGUGUAAGUUAUUAGUGAAUAAUAUAUGUACAUGUACAGGAAAGAAAUAUACACGUAUGCCUUUCUCUCUCGUAAACUUUCGUUACGUAAUAAAAUCGUUCGC